ACUUGAAGAAAGUACUGAAAAGGAUAGGAUAGAGGGAGGUAACUGCGAACGUUUUGUUGUCGGCAUUGCUGUUUACUUUUCUUUUUCCUUUUUACUGUGACGUUUAUGUGUGUGUGUGUAUGUGUAAAUGUGUGUGACUGUAUAUGUAUGUAUAUCUGCUGCCCGCCUCUUUUCUCCCCUCCUUACUUCACUGAAAUAACAAACCUUUGCACUCGCUUCACAUAACAUUUGUCCCAACUGUGCCCGCUCAGCAUAUUGCCUGCUGCGUUCAGUGCAAAAAGGACCCCCACGAAACACCACCACAACCAAAACAACCGCAGCAAAAGAAUACGAUACGGACAUUUAUCUUACAUGGUCUAACCACCACGUCUUACUGAUUGAUUGAUAUAUUUUUUUCUUUAUUCCUUUCAUUCAUUCAUUCAUUCACUCACUCACUCAAUUUUUUUUUGUCAACACAUCAAAUAUUAUUUCCUCCAUCAAAACCAAAUCGAAUCAGCCAUGUCGAUCGAUCUUUUCCGCGGAAAAUGGAAGCAGGGCGAAGAAUUGCCCGAAAAUUUUGAGGCCUUUAUGGAUGCCACAGGAGUUUACAAGGACAAAAGAGAUCAAGUUUCCAAAAUUCGAUUUAUCACUGAUUUUGACAACGAUGGAGACAAAUGGGUUUGCAAAAUUUCUGUUGAAGGUAUGCCAGAACCGAAAGUUUACAUCUAUAAAUUCAACGAAGCUUAUUCGUCCACUGAUUUGAUGGGUACAACUUUCACAUGUGUGGUAACGAAAGUUGCUGACAACAAAAUACAGGAGACCAUUACCGAAUGGAGUGACUCGGAGGUUAUAACAACCAGAGAAGUCCAAGAUGAUGGUACCAUGACAGUUGUGACAUCUUGUAAAGGUGUGUCAUUUUCAUCAAAGUUUACAAAAGUCUGAAAAUACAUCAUACCUUCGGCAUGAAGGAACUGUACAUCAAAAGAACCAACAAAUCAUUUAUUUCAAUAAUGAAGACUCUCUUUUCUUUCUCUCUCACGAUCUCUUUUUGCAUUUACAAUUACCAUACGUUUAUACAUACAUAUAUACAUAAAUGCAUACAUAUAUAUAUACAUAUAUAGAUAUACAUAAAUGUAAACAUACAUGUGUGUGUAUGUGUGUUUGCGCGCGCGAGUUUAUAUGUAAACACGGCAAUAAUAAUGAACGGAAGGCAGAGUAUCCAGUACUAGAGUUAGGGGUAGCCGGACUCCAAAAUUCGCUGCAUCUCUGGUUUUCAUCAUACAUAAGACAUAUAUAAUGUGGACCACAGCGUUAUCUUUUACUAGAUCAUACAAAAAUGUACAUACAUACAUGCAUGCAUGCGUACAUAAUACAUUCAUACAUACAUACAUAUUCUUACCUAUCUAUCCUGUCUAUCUAUAUGUAUAUAUAUACACACAUACACAUAUAUGUGCAAAUACAAUACGUGUGCGUACGUAUGUAUUUUGUACUAAUAUGUGUGUGCAUGUUUAUACACAUAUACGCACAUAUAUAUUUGUGUGCACACACACACACACGCACAUACAAUCACAUACAUACACAUGCAUGAAUAUGUAUAUGAGAAAUUAUAAGGAAAAGUUUAUAUCGUUUGUUCCCUACGAGUUUCACCUUUGUGGCUAUUUUCAAACCAAAUCUACUUAACUGAUUUGUCAAAUUUCGUCAUAACCCUAUGACCUUAUUAUGACAAUGCGUUCCUUGUGUACAUUUUCCCUGCUGUCAGUCACUUCUUGUUCUACGUUCGUAUUUCGAAGUCUAAUAGUAGAUUUUUUUUUCGUAUUUUGCUACUGAUAUCAACAUCGCGUAUGUGCAUGUAUAUAUGUGCAUAUAUAUAUAUAUACAUAC